GGCACGGCGGCAGCGCGCGUGUCCUCGCAGCCCGCCGGGCCGAGCCGCGUGCGGACCCCGACCCCAGUGUGCCCGCUCAGUCUCUCCCUCUGUCUCCCUUUCUUGCUGCAGUCAUGGAAGGGGUGGAGGAGGCGGAGGCCGACUGCUCCGUGGCGUUCGCCGAGGCUCGGAGAUGGGUGGAGGCAGUAACAGAGAAGAAUUUUGAAACAAAGGAUUUCCGAGCCUCUCUAGAAAAUGGUGUCCUGUUGUGUGAUUUGAUCAAUAAGCUUAAACCUGGUGUCAUUAAGAAGAUCAAUAGACUGUCCACACCAAUAGCAGGUUUGGAUAACAUCAACGUUUUUUUGAAAGCUUGUGAACAGCUUGGAUUGAAAGAAGCCCAGCUUUUCCAUCCUGGGGAUCUGCAGGAUUUAUCAAAUCGAGUCACUGUCAAUCAAGAAGAGACUGAUAGGAGAGUGAAAAAUGUUUUGAUAACAUUGUACUGGCUGGGACGAAAGGCACAAAGUAACCCGUACUAUAAUGGGCCCUAUCUUAAUUUGAAAGCAUUUGAAAAUCUUUUAGGACAAGCUCUGACUAAGGCACUUGAAGACUCCAGCUGCCUGGCAAGGAGUGGCAGAGACAGUGGCUACGGUGACAUCUGCUUUCCCGAGCGUGGAGAAUUCUCUGCUCCUAGUGCUGGCAACCCGCAGCGAGAAGAUUCCUUUGAAAGCUUGGACUCUUUGGGGUCCAGGUCACUGGCAAGUGGUUCCUCUGACAUCACGUUGAGAGGGGCACGUGAGGGUUGUGAAAGUGACACGGAUUCUGAAUUCAUAUUCAAAAUGCAAGAUUUUAAUAAAGAUGACAUGUCCUAUCGAAGGAUUUUGGCUAUCGAACCCAAGUCUGCUUUACCAUUCAAUCGUUUUUUACCCAACAAAAGUCGACAGCCAACCUAUAUGCCAGCACCCUUGAGGAAGAAGAAACCAGACAAAAAUGAGGAUAACAGACGGAGCUGGGCAAGUCCAGUCUAUACAGAAGCAGAUGGAACGUUUUCAAGUAACCAGAGGAGGACUUGGGGCAGCAAGGUGCAGCACUGGCCAACUGUGCAAGAGACUCCCGGCUCCUCUUGUUAUUUGGAAGAGGCAGAAGAAAAGGCUACGAGCAUUCCCAGCACUCUAAAGGAUGAUCUCUAUGUGCGAAAGCUAAGUCCAAGUGUGCCAAACCCAGGGAAUUCUUUUGAUCAGUUUCUCCCAAAAUGCUGGACCCCAGAAGAUGUGAACUGGAAAAGAAUAAAAAGGGGGACUUAUAAGCCAUGGUAUAAAGAAUUUCAGGGAUUCAGUCAGUUUUUAUUGCUUCAGGCUUUCCAAACAUACUCUGAUGACAUCUUGUCUUCUGAAACAAAUGUCAGGAUUGAUCCCACUUCUGGCCCAAGGCUCAUAACACGCAGAAGGAAUCUCUCUCAUGCAGCAGGCCACGGAAGAGGGGACUUCGAGUUGUCAGCCCUGGAUCCUGACUUAGAAAACGAUGACUUCUUUGUCCGAAGGACAGGGGCUUUCCACGCAAACCCGUGCGUUCUUCGAGCCUUUGAGGACUUUAGGAGGUUCUCUGAGCAGGACGAUCCUGUGGAGCGAGACAUAAUUUUGCAGUGUAGAGAAGGGGAGCUUGUGCUUCCAGAUUUAGAAAAAGACGAUAUGAUAGUUCGGCGAAUCCCAGCACAGAAGAAAGAAGUGCCUCUGUCCGGGGCCCCAGAUAGAUACCAGCCAGUCCCUGUCCCUGAUCCCUGGACUCUACCUCCAGAAAUCCAAGCCAAAUUCCUGUGUGUACUCGAGAGGACGUGCCCACCCAGAGAAAAAAGCCCCAGCUGUAGGAUACUCGUUCCUUCAUUUCGGAGGAAGGACGAUGACAUGCUGACCCGCAAGAUCCGGUCUUGGAAGCUGGGGACCAGUGUGCCUCCAGUGAGCUUCACUCCUGGCCCCUGCAGUGAGGCCGACCUGCAGAAGUGGGAGGCCAUCCGCGAGGCCAGCCGACGUCGGCACAAGAAACGGCUGAUGGUGGAGAGACUCUUUCAAAAGAUUUAUGGUGAGAAUGGGAGCAAGUCCAUGAGUGAUGUCAGCGCGGAGGAUGUGCAGCACCUGCGUCAGCUGCGUUAUGAGGAGAUGCAGAAAAUCAAAUCACAAUUAAAAGAACAAGACCAGAAAUGGCAGGAUGACCUUGCAAAAUGGAAAAGUCGGCGGAAAAGUUACACUUCAGACCUGCAGAAGAAAAAAGAAGAGAGGGAAGAAAUUGAAAAGCAGGCACUUGAGAAGUCUGAGAGAAGCUCCAAGACCUUUAAGGAAAUGCUGCAGGACAGGGAAUACCAGCAUGAAAAGUCUGCAUUUACACUAAGAAGAAUGUAUUCCUCUGAUGAUGUGUUGAACAGUGAGGAGCAACCCGCAAGACUGAUUGUGUCAGAAGCAAGUUACCAGAGUGAGAGAGUGGAGAAAGGGCUAACUCCUACCCCAGCUCUGUCAGAAGCAAGCUAUUGGAGUGAGAGAGUGGAAAAAGGGCUAGCUCCUACCCCAGCUCUGUCAGAAGCAAGUUAUUGGAGUGAGAGAGUGGAAAAAGGACUAGCUCCUACCCCAACUCCAUCAGAAGCAAGCUACGGGAGUGAGAGAGUGGAAAAAGGGCUAGCUCCUACCCCAACUCCAUCAGAAACAAGUUAUUGGAGUGAGAGAGUGGAGAAAGGGCUAGCUCCUACCCCAACUCUGUCAGAAGCAAGCUACGAGAGUGAGAGAGUGGAGAAAGGGCUAGCUCCUACCCCAACUCUGUCAGAAGCAAGUUAUUGGAGUGAGAGAGUGGAGAAAGGGCUAGCUCCUACCCCAACUCUGUCAGAAGCAAGCUACGAGAGUGAGAGAGUGGAACAGAAGGGCUCAGCGUACCGUACAGAAAGUCCUAAAGAAGACUCGACAACUUUUACAAAAAGAGAGGACAGUAUAAUAGCUGAAUUCCAGCUUCCUUCUCAAAAGCCCACAGAAGAGCGUCCAACCUCUCUAUCUUCUGAACAUUCACUGCGCACACAAAUGGAGGCGACUCGAGUUUCAGCUUCUCUCCCCAGAAGCUACCAGAAAACUGAUACAGCCAGGUUGACAUCUGUGGUCACACCGAGACCUUUUGGCUUCCAGUCAAGGGGAACCUCAUCACUCCCCAGAUCUUACACGAUGGAUGAUAGUUGGAAGUAUAAUGGAGAUGUCAGAGGCUUUAAGAGCGUUGAAAAUAAUUCGAUCAGCACCUCUGCCCCCAAACCUGACACAAGUCACCUCUCAGGGAGUUUAUCCAUUGAGAGACAGGCAGCCACAGAAGAUGUGGUGAGACUGCCCUCUCCUACACCCUCCUUCUCGUCUCUGUCUCAAGACCAGACUGUCACCUCUAAAGCCACGCUGUCUACAUUGUCUGGCACCGAUUCCACGUCUGAGUUUGGAGAAGGGAGAUACUCACCACAAAGAGAAGUCUCCAGAUUGCAGGAUCAGUUUAGUGAUAUGAGAAUCAGCAUAAACCAGACGCCUGGGAACAGACUUGACUUUGGGUUUACAGUAAAAUGGGAUUUUUCCGGGAUCUUCGUAGCAUCCGUUGAACCAGGCAGCCCAGCAGAAUUUUCCCAGCUACAGGUUGAUGAUGAAAUUAUUGCCGUUAACAACACCAAGUUUUCACAUAAGGAUACACAGGAGUGGGAGGAAGCCAUGGCUAAUGCUCAAGAAACUGGCAAGCUAGUCCUGGACGUCAGGCGCCACGGGAAGUCUGGUUCACCUGAAACAAAGUGGAUCGAUACAACUUCUGGAGUUUACAGUUCAGAGAAGUCCUCCAAUCUGUCAGUAACAACUGAUUUCUCCGAAAGCCUUCAGAGUCCUAACACUGAAUCCAAAGAAAUCAAUGGGAUUCAUGAUGAAAGCCACACUUUGGAAUUAAAAGCAACUGAACCCAUUUCUUUGAAAAACUUAAAAAGACGAUCACAAUUUUUUGAACAAGGAAGCUCCGAUGCUGUGGUUUCUGAUCUUCCCGUGCCCACCGUCAGCGCGCCGAGUCGCCGGGCCUGGGACCAGGAGGAGGAGCGCAGGCGGCAGGAGCGCUGGCAGAAGGAGCAGGACCGCCUGCUGCAGGAGAAGUAUCAGCGUGAACAGGAGAAACUGAGGGAAGAGUGGCAGAGGGCUAAGCAGGAGGCCGAGAGGGAGAACUCCAGGUACCUGGACGAGGAACUGAUGGUGCUAAACUCACACAGCAUUUCUCUGACUGCCCGGGAGCCCACUGUUGCCACCUGGGAGGCCUCCUGGAGUGAAGGGUCCAAGUCUUCUGACAGGGAAGGGACCCGGGCUGGCGAGGAGGAGAGGGAUCCGCAGCAGGAGGAGCAGAGAAAGCGGCUGCAGGAGCAACUGGUUCUGGAGCAAGAGAGGAAGCUGAAGGAACAGCAGUACCAGGAGGAGCAAGAGCAGAGGCGACGGGAGGCCCAGGCCCAGGCCGAGGCCGAGGCCGAGGCCCAGAGGCGCCGUGUGGAAGAGCAGAAGCACCAGGCGGAGAGAGAGAGGGAGACGUCGAUCAGAAUUUACCAGUACCGGAGGCCUGUUGAUUCCUAUGACCUAUCAAAGACAGAGGAAGAAUCUUCCGGUUUGCUUCCUAGUGACAGGAAUAAGUCCAAGUCUACCACUGAACUGCGUGAUUUUGCCACAAAUAAAAAUGGAAGCAGUAGAUCUUCAGACCGCAGUGGGGACACUAGCUCUUCCCAGAGGAGCUACAAGAAGGAGCCAGUCCCGUCGGGAGCAGAGUUGGAAAGACAGCAGAUCCUUCAGGAAAUGAGGAAGAGAACGUCCCUUCACAACGACAACAGCUGGAUCCGGCAGCGCAGUUCCAGCGUAAACAAAGAGCCAAUUAGCCUGCCGGGGACCAUGAGAAGAGGUGAAUCUCUGGAUCACCUGGACUCCUCCAGAUCCAACUCUUGGAAGCCAACCCCGUGGCUCGGUCAGUCCACGGGUAUCUAUGCCUCUUCCUCUGUUCAGGACUUCAGUCGCCCACCACCACAGCUGCUGUCCACCUCCAACCGUGCCUACCUGAGAAAUCCAUCCUCCAGCAUUCCCCCUCCUGCAGCUGGCCCUGUGAAGACCACAGCCGUGGGCAUGGCCACCACCCGCACCCCCACCCCACAGAGCCAUUCCCCUUCCACCUCACAGCCGGGCUCUCAGCCACGCAGCAGGUCAGUCAGUGGGAAGCGCGUGUGCUCCUACUGCAAUACCGUUCUGGGCAAAGGAGCUGCCAUGAUCAUCGAGUCCCUGGGGCUUUGUUAUCAUUUGCAUUGUUUUAAGUGUGUGGCCUGCGAGUGUGACCUCGGAGGCUCGUCCUCAGGAGCCGAAGUCAGAAUCAGAAGCAACCAGCUCUACUGCAACGACUGCUAUCUCAGAUUCAAAUCUGGACGGCCAACCGCCAUGUGAUGUAAGCCUGCACGCGAAAGCACUGUUGCAGAUAGAAGAAGAGGUGGUUGCAGCCGGUGUAGAUCUAUAAAUGUGUGUUGUAUGUCUUUUUUUGCUCCCUUUUAAAAAAAAAAGAAUAACUUUUUUUCCUCUUUAGAUUACAUAAGAACACUGUAGGCUUGGUGGAGCCUGUGUUUUGUUGUCAUUUAUUUAUAAGAAGGUAAUUAUGUGUGGGGGGAAAGGCGCAGUAUUUACUUUUUGAAUUCAAGUAUCAUAAAAGCACAAGGGGAAAAGUAAGAACUUAAAAUAUUUUUGAGGCUGAUAAUGAUCUAGUUUGACUUUCUAGUGGUGUUUUGAAAAGAGGGUAUUUUAUUGUUUUUUUUAAAAGGUUCUUAAACAUUUGAAAUAGUUAAUAUAAAUACCUAAUUUCAUCCGCUCUGUUUAUUGUAAUGUAUGCAAAAUUAAUGCAAACGUGUAUGGGAAAUUUUGUUAAAAUCCACCUCCAAAUUUGCUUCCUGUAUCCUGCUCUCCAUCUGUGUAAUAUGAUUUUUCAAUAUUUCGCCAUGUAACAUGUUAUUUGCUCGAUUAGGGGAGCUCUCUUUCUGCAUCAGAGUUACUGAUAAGCAAUUCCCAAUGGAAAGCUGCUUCCUUUCAUUGGUAACAAGUAACCAUGGUUUGUACACCAGAAGUUUUCUCCAGAAACCAGUGAGCAUUUCUGUUCAACUACAUUUGUAAAUAAAUUUGCUGAUGCCUUAACGAGUGGUUCCUUCUCU